AACAUUCAGGAAACAUCACAAGUUAAGAAAAGUUUGAGUGAAAAGGUUUCUCUCUACAGAGGUGACAUCACAUUACUAGAGGUGGAUGCAAUAGUCAAUGCAGCAAAUGCCAGUCUUCUUGGAGGAGGUGGUGUGGAUGGCUGCAUUCACAGAGCAGCUGGCCCCUGUUUGUUAGCUGAAUGCCGCACCCUGAAUGGCUGUGAGACUGGACGUGCAAAAGUCACAUGUGGCUAUGACCUCCCUGCAAAAUAUGUUAUCCACACUGUAGGGCCAAUAGCCAGAGGCCAUAUUAAUGGUUCCCACAAGGAAGACCUUGCAAAUUGCUAUCAAUCAUCUCUGAAGCUGGCGAAAGAAAAUAGCAUCCGAUCAGUUGCAUUUCCCUGCAUUUCAACAGGCAUUUAUGGCUUCCCAAAUGAGCCUGCUGCGAUCAUUGCCCUCGGUACAAUUAAGGAAUGGCUGGCCAAGAACCACCAGGAGGUGGAUCGAAUCAUCUUCUGUGUCUUCCUAGAAGUUGACUUCAAAAUCUACAAGAAGAAAAUGAGUGAGUUCUUCCCUGUGGUAGAUGAUAAUAAUGAAGAAGCAGAUGUUGACAUGAAAGAAGAUGCAGAAGGGUUAGAGCCUAAAGGCCUCUCUCCACCCCACAAGAAGAGCAAAGCUAAGAAACCAGAAAGUUCAAAAGACUCUAGUGAAGAUGAGAAUGGUCCAGAGGAAAAGCAAAGUGCGGAAGAAACGGAAGGGCAGAGCCAAGAAGCAGGUGGGCUCAGAUUUCUUUUGAGGAGUCUCCUAGGCCUCAUCCACAGAGAUGGUGUCAACACCAGCCCUGUGCCCAGCCCUGCUUCAGAAGAUGCAGUUGAUGCAUGUAAAGAUGAAGGUUCUGCACAGGACGACAGUGCUGUAAAGGACAGUAAAGUGACUGAUCAUUUUGUGUGUGGCCAAGACCUUCCUAAUGGACAAGAGAAUGAUUCAGCGAAGAGCGAAAUAAAAAUUGAGACAGAGUCCCAGAGCUCAUCGAUUGAAACAGAAGAGCUUUCAUCAAACCAAGAAGACGCCACAGUUCUGGAGGAACCAGAAGUGAUUCCCCUGACAGAUGACCAAGAGGAGCAGGAGGCCGGACAAGCUCAAGGAGAGGAUGCACCUGCUAUGUCUGUGAAAACUCAAGGUUCCAGUGACACAGAAAAUGCUACAGGUCCUGAUGUUGAAAUGAAUAGUCAGGUUGACAGUGUACAUGACCCAACAGAGACUCAGCAAGAAGAUUACCAAUAGGGCCACAAGAUGAAGCAAAGGAACAAAGACAUGAAGCUAAAUGACAGUCCUCAGCAUUGCAAUGCCUGGCCCUGGGGGACUUCGGGGAAGAUGAUAGUGUGUGCUGUGGAAGAGGGUGGGGGUGGGGGGAAAGCAAGUCCAUGGAAGGAAGGGAAUCCUUUGCUCUAAUUCUCCAGCUGCAUUUUGUUCUGUUUACCUGAGGAAAAAAAGAAAAAGAAAAAAAGAAAACACUCCCUUUAUUUGGGGAGGACCCAUGCUAAGGCAUCUUUCAGGCACUCUCCCUGUCAUUUGUCUCUUUUCCCACACCUUGCCCUUGGGUCAUGGUGGUAGAGUUUAACAUUCACAUGUGUCUCCUGGCCCCGUCUGCUUUCUUGGUUAUCUCACAAAGCUGGUCAUACAGUGGUUUCUUCAGACAAUAAGAAGAUGAAUGACAAGCUGCAGGCUACAUAUCUAGAAUCACCAAACCUAAAUCAGAAUAAUCCACAGACAAAGGAGAAAGGACAGAAAAUGGGCAUAACCCUCAGAGUCCACUUGGGACAGGUCUAGAAAAGGAGUUGAAAGUAAUUUUAAUCAGGAAUUCCGGAGGUACAGUUUGGUCUGUAUAUUUUAUGAUGACUAUGGAAGCUGGAUUGAACUCACAGCACAGAGAUAUAAGAAGGAAGGUAAGACCUGACAGCUAGUGGGGUCCCUUCUUUCAGAAUCAAGAUGGCAUGUGUAGUCAUCUUUGAGGCUGAUUUCCAGCAGAACUUCCUUGGUUCAUGAGAUCCUUACUGUGUGCAUCAGCAUGGAGCCCACCAGUGAGAUGUCUUUGUGUGUGAUGGCACAGAGUGUUACUGGCAUUAUGAUUAAGAGAGGGGCCUGCUACACUUAGGACUCAAAUAUAGUCCUAUUAAUAAUGUAUGUUCAUUUUGAAAGAUCUAUUUGAAAUUUCUAUACUUUUUUACAAAAGAACAUCCAUGGUUACUGGGGUGUAAUGGCCCACAAGGACUUUCACUCAAAAUAAGGAGCAAUCAGAGCUGUUGCUUACAGUCCUGACUUCUUGGUCUGCUUUGAAAUGACAUGGUUUAUUCAUGUCAAGUAUAAGGCUGAUUUGAUGGUUUGUCUACUCAUCCAAUAGGGGAACAGAACUAACAACUUAAGAUGCCAGUGGAACAGUGUUGGUACAAGGAAUGAGGACCAGAGGUGACUGGGUAUCAUCCCCACUAUCUGUCCAGGAGUAAACCCCAGGCAGAUGCCUGUCUCCCACCAACAAGGCUGUUCCACUGGAGUUUGGGUAUCAUGCUUGCAUGCUUCUGAAUACAUCCACCUUCUAAAUAAUACUUCAGAAUUAUGGCAUUUAUGUUCUAUUCUUAAUAGGAAGAAAAAAAUAGAACAAAUUGACAAUAUCUAAAGUCAAAUGGAGACAAUACCUGCUUGCUAAAUGUCCCAUCCAAUUCUCUAGUUUUGCCGUUUCCUAUGGAAAAGUCUUCUCAUGACCAAUUCUGACCCUUCUGAAUUUAUUGCCUCUUCUGUAUGGCUUAGUUGGUAUAAUGGAAUAAUUAGCAAAUCAUACUUCUUCCAUAUGUCAUCUUUCAACAUCUCUUAUUUUGUUAAAAGCUAUUCAUCAACACAGCAGCAAGGCUAUCUCCGCAUGGCCAUUUCUCUUCCUACAGUUUGAUAUAAAAGCAUAUACAUCUUUGUUGCAUUAGAUAAGCCUUGUUCUUCUAGAAAACAUAUUACUUUCAUCUAUGAGGCCAUCCAAAUAUCAAUAGUUGCAAUGUUUCUUGCCAUCUUCAUAGCUCAAUGGAAAGUACCCAUCAUUUUUGUUAAGUGCCUGACUAGUGAACUAUGCUAGGAAAACAUUUCCCAGUGACUCCCAAUGGAAGUUCUACUCAGCCUCCAUAAUGAGUUAGAGUGGAAAACACCACACAGGAGGUAAGAGGGACAACAGGGUUCUAAAAGGAAGAAGAUAAAAGAGACCUAAUAUCCUACUAGGAAUAGCCAGGGCUGGAAUUAUUCUAGUCCAACUCUACUUACCACUGGCAGCCAUUGGGGUUAUUCAACUUACAGGAGGAUGGGUUAGAAACAGGAGGACAGAGUUCUGUGAAAACCAUAGAAAAUACAAGUAAUCUUUGUAUCCAGGAAACUAGGAGAAUGAGGAGCCUCACUCCUGAAUUUGUUUUAACUUCUUUUUGUGGAUUGCAGUUUCACUUUUGCUUUGUAGCGCCUUUGUAGUUGUUAUGUGGCUAUACAGUUUUAUACUUUAAAACAAAAAAAUGCAGUUAGUUUACAUUUCAACAGUAUUGAAAAUUUAGGUCUGGCUCAGACUGAAGAUAUCUUGACAGGGAAAAUCCUUUGCUUGCUGCCCUGUCAUUUUACAGGCUGUACAAUGGAUUCUUCCACACAUGAUUCUGGACAGCAACUUGAACCAUCUCUCUGCCAGCCUACAUGGCAUAAAGGGUUCUAGGAGGGAGCGAGGAAAGUAGCCCUACAUUAGUCAGGUUUGCAUACAGAGGAUCCAAGUAGGCCUUGAGCAUAACAGUUUAAUUAAAAAGGUACUCAUUACAGGCGAGACAAAGGGGCUUUUCCUCUAGCUGGUAACUAUUCAGAUGACAGACAAGUUGUCUUUCAUCAAAGCUUACAAAGAAGGCAUCCGAAGCAAUGUCUGUGGUACUGGGUCACAUAUUAAUCAUUGCAGCUAAUUGUAAAUCUUUCUAUGAAACACUGAAAAGCCUCUUUGUGAAUUAAUACAGUUCUGCUUGAUGCACUUGAUUUGAAAAGAUAUUUCUCUGUAUGUGGUGCAUGUUGGCUGUGCUUAAAAAAAACUUAGCAGAAUAUGUUCAAUAUAUUUUCUCCAGGAAUAGGAUUUUUAAUCAUAUGACUCAUUAAGGAUUUGCCUUACCCUGACAUUUGUGAUAUAAAGGAAAAUCAGAAAAAAGUAAUUUUCUUGAUCAAGAUAUGUUUUUACUUAAAGCAAAUAAAUGUAGUCUGUUGCUUGCAAGGAAAAAAAAAUGUCUUCUGGUAUAAAUUGCUAAAUAGGAUAAUAUGUGCCUCUUUUGUUAAACCAGCCUUGAAAGGCUGGGCAGCUUCUAAAUCUGUUUCUUUUCAUCUGUGCCGUACACUAUGACACUUAAACAACUGUUGCCUUCAAACUAUAUUUGUUAGAGCAGAGUGCAAAUAAAAUUCUUUG